AUGGUUGGUCUAGCGGGGUCCUUCCUUGUCAUGGUCCGUGUCCGUGGGCUGUUCGUCAUGCAUGGCAACCCUGGGGAAGAGGAAGUAAAGGCACGAGCACAUGACCCAUCACCUGCCCCCUUAGGAGAAAGUGACCUGUCGGCAGCUGUGGUCAAGGUUGAAGAUGACAGUGAUGCAGAGACCUAUGGAGAAGAGAAUGAGGAACAGGGAAAUUAUUCUAAAAGAAAGAUCGUCUCUAACUGGGAUCGAUAUCAAGAUAUUGAAAAAGAGGUCAAUAAUGAAAGCGGAGAAUCACAGAGGGGAACGGACUUCAGUGUUCUCCUCAGCUCAGCAGGGGACUCCUUCUCACAGUUCCGGUUUGUUGAAGAGAAAGAGUGGGAUGGUGAAGCUUCAUGUCCAAAACAGAAUUCAGCAUUUUAUGUGGACUGUGAGUCACUGGUUCGAGCCCUUCAAGAGCUGCCUCUCUCACUCCGACUCAAUGUUGCUGCCGAAUUGGUCCAGACCACCCUUCCUUUAGAGCUUCCUCAGGUGAAACCAAAGAGAGAUGAUGAAGGCAAGGGACUGGGGAUGCAGUUAAAAGGGCCCUUGGGACCCAGAGGAAAGGGCUCCACCUCCGAGCUGAAAUCUGCUGGCUGCCCCAUGUACCUGGGUAAAGAUGGCCCUAGCCCGGCUCCCUCCACGGGACCUCAGAAACCCACCGCCCCCCUGCAGGCGGCAGCAGACCACUUGGAGGAAGAAUUAGAUCUGCUGCUUAGUUUAGAUGCACCUGUAAGAGAGGGAGAGAACACUGCAGCAGUCCAGACCGUGCAGGCCCAAGAAUCUGAGAAAGAUGGGGAGGUGGCCCAAGAAGAACAAGGUCCUGCCGAGCUAUCUGUGAUGGGAGAAAAGAACGUGCAGUCUGAGCAACCAAAUACAUCGAAAACUGUUACCGAGGAGGAGCUUGAAGACUGGUUGGACAGCAUGAUUUCCUAACCUAAAAGGAAAAGAAAAAAGAAAAAAGAAAACGAAGAAAAAAAAAAAAAAAAGUGCCUGACGCAAAUUUUGGUUGCCUUGUCAGUAAGGGUGGGCCCCCGGCUGUCCUUCCAGAACAGCUGCUUGCUGAGCCAGUGUGUUCCAUCACGCUUGCCGCAGGGAACGCCUACCUCUAUGUUCCACGGCAUCCGGGACUACCCAUCUACGAGGCUCGCUGCAUCCGCUCCCUGGCUUAGCAAUCUCCCAGAGUCCUUGAGGGCAGGGGAUGUUACGGCUCUUGUUUCCAGCCUCCUUCCUUUCAGUGUUUACAGGAGAGCAGGUGCUGCUGAUAGAUAGCAACAAGGCAUGCAUUUGGCCAAAAUAAAUGAACUCUGCUCUACA